AUGUUUGCCGUCUUUUGUCGCCAUUUCGUGGUCCUGGCUCUUGCUCUCGCAUCGGCUUCCAGCGCUGCGAGUCCAACAUAUACCGCUUUAGACAAUCGUGUACCUGUCAGCAAAGCGGAUGCCGUUAAUUACCCAAGACAAUAUGACUCCGGGGCAGGGAGUUAUAAUGACCCAGGAAACAGCGCUAACCGAUGGGGCGAUAACAAUGGCGGAGGCGACAAUUAUCCCACCCCUUCUCACAGACCCAAGCCCAGGAAUCUGAAGUCCAGAUUGCUGAGCUCUGUCCCACCAUCUGAACUUGCGGAAUCGAUCUGCCCGUCUGGCCUUUAUGGCUGUCCGAUCGCUAAGCCUGGGUCGCUGUCGUCACUCCCGACAUCUCUAUCGACUUGGACAGAACAGGGUUUCGAGUGCAUAGACACCAAAGCCGAUUUGCGAGCAUGUGGUGGUUGCGCUAGUAUCGACUCAAAACACGACUGCACAACCAUUGAAGGCGCCAAUGAUAUUUCAUGCGCCGUCGGAACCUGUGUCGUGGAUUCUUGCCUGCCAGGUUAUUCACUGGACUCGAAAAACAACGCUUGUGUUCGCAAGUAG